AUGGAGCAGGCGGCGUCCUUCCUCUCCUCCCUCCUCGGCGGCGGCGGCGGCGGCCAGGAACCGUCGGGAGAGCCGGCGGCGACGGUGGCGUCCAUCCUCAUAUACCCCGUCAAGUCCUGCAGGGGCGUCUCCGUGCCUCAGGCACCCGUCACCUCCACCGGGUUCAGGUGGGAUCGGCAGUGGCUGGUGGUGAACGCCAAGGGCAGGGCGCUCACGCAGAGGGUGGAGCCCAAGAUGGCGCUGGUUGAGGUGGAGUUGCCGCCGGCGGCCUUCGACGAGGACUGGCAGCCCACCCCCGACUCCUGCUUGGGUAUUAUUAUAAGAGCACCUGGAAUGGACACGCUGAAGGUCCCUCUUGCUGCGGAGCGUGCCACGCUCGAUGAUGUCUCCGUGUGGGAGUGGUCUGGUUCUGCCUAUGAUGAAGGAGCUGAAGCAGCCGAAUGGCUCUCCGCUUAUUUAGGGAAGCUGAGCCGACUCGUGCGGUUUAAAGAAGACUCUGAAAUCAGGCCGACUGAUCCUGAGUAUGCUCAAGGUUACAAGCUCAAGUUUACGGAUGUCUUCCCUUUCCUCAUGGCCUCCCAGGGCUCACUGGAUGCACUAAAUGAGGUUCUUAAGGAACCUGUACCAAUCAAUCGCUUCAGACCAAAUAUUUUAGUUGAUGGAUGCCACCCAUACUCGGAGGAUAUGUGGAAAACCAUAAAGAUAAACAAGCUGACAUUUGACGGGGUGAAGUUAUGCGACCGUUGCAAGGUACCAGCCGUUAAUCAAGAGAAUGGAAUACUUGGCACCGAACCAACAGAAACUAUGCUGACAUUCCGGUCCGGUGAAGUGAUCUGUCCGAGCCACAAGAAUAAACACAAGGUGUACUUUGGGCAAUAUCUGGUCUGCAAGGAAUCGGUAUCAGCAAAGGGAAAAGGGAGGAUCGUCAAGGUCGGCGACCCGGUUUAUGUUCUUCAGACGUACCCUUCAUCCGACGAAGUUCCUGCCUGA